AUGUCAAGGCCUGGUGUCUAUGAUGUCCCCCAUGACCGGCACCCCUGGGCGGGUUACCUACUGAACGUCACGAUUGGAAACCCUCCACAGACCAUCCCCAUGUUCAACGACUGGACUUGGGUCCAGAUGUACACGCUCACUACCAAAUGUAUGGGGGACGAGGAAAAUACCUGGGCGUGCUUGAACCACGAUCAACCAUAUUAUAAUCAAACCGAGUCGAAGACUUUCCGCAAUGUCACCGACAGAUAUCCUCGCAUGAACUGGAACCCAAACCAUUUCUUCUUCUACGAGGAUAUGUGGGUUGAGCAUGCAACAGAAGUCACGACAGUCGGGUCUGCUACUUCGACUGUCGUGUUCGAGGCUUCGGACUUCUCGUUUGAUAGUACUGCAAUGGCUUUCCCGUUUGCCGGAGUAUAUGGAAUGUCACCCGUGUUUGAGGGUGAUAAACCCGACUAUCAAUCUACCUUCUACCAGCAAUGGAAGUCCGGCGCCUGGGCAACUGGCCUGACAGCAUUCCACUACUGCUAUGACGGCAGCCCGGAUGUCGAAAAGGAGGGCUGCCACGGAUACGACGCCAUCCAAACCAUGGGAGGCUACCGCCGCGAUCUCAUCCAGGAUAAGAAGAUUUAUUGGUACGAUAUCACCAUCUGGGAUUGGGUCAACUACCAAAAUUUCAUCUGGGAGCCUAAGGUGAUUAACUACUGGACCCUGGAUAUUUCCCAGAUGAGCAUCGGCGAUGAGCCGGUGGCCAUCAACAAGACGACCGGGGGCGCGGCAAUCUUCGACCAUGCCAGCUUCGGCCGCGGAGCACCCCUCUCCAUCGACGGUUACGCCUAUCUGGUCGAUUUGGCUCAGGCGGAGCCGAUCACGCUUCAGUGGCCCCCGAACAACGGCAACCAGUCGUUCUUCAGCGUCGACUGCAACAAGAGGGACACCCUGCCACCGAUCAAGUACGCCUUCAGCGGCCAUGACAAAGUAUGGGAAAUUCCCGCCAAAUACUACGUCGAGAACAUCGACGAGGCGACGUGUGUGCUCAACGUGCGGACUUUGGGAUACGGGGAGAUGUCGGACGGGAAUUUCGGGGAUCAGUUCGUGAUGGACAAAUACCUUAUCUUUGACUUUGAGAAGCUCCGAGUUGGCCUCGCGGACGUGAAAUGGUGA